UUCUAGAUUCUUAUAAUCAGUCCAGCUAUAGCAGUUUCAAACUUGUUGACUUGAGACCAUACUCAUCAGCAUACUCCUGAUAGUCGGCGAAAACCCCCAUAAAAACAAAAAGCACAACAACAAAAUUGUUGUAAAUACAGGCAGCCAGAGAUUUUUUAAUGACGUAACAACCUGCUGUAUUCGGUAUCAGUGCGAGGUAGUAGUAGCAGCAGAGUCCAAAAAAACAGAAACUCAAUUAAGCAACAGUUAAAUUAAGUAGGUUUCAAGUUCAAGGCUGACAGUAACGUUGCAGACUCAUUGAAGUUAAAACAAAUAUACAUACAUACUAUAUUUUGUACAGAAAGUCAUUGUACUGUCAGAGCAUCACUAAAGCAGCGUUUGCAGCAGAGACAGAGAAACAAAAAUCGUUUAAAUUUAAUUAACAAACAACAAAGCAAACAUGUCUUUAUCAUUUGAAGCUGCCUCUAACGAAGGACCCGGCUAUGUUGGUAUUCGCUUUUGUCAAGAAUGCAACAACAUGUUGUAUCCCAAGGAGGAUAAGGAGAGUAAAAUCCUAAUGUAUGCCUGUCGUAAUUGUGACUAUCGUCAGGAAGCCGAUUCCAAUUGUAUUUAUGUGAAUAAAAUUAUGCACGAAAUCGAUGAAUUAACUCAUAUUUGCCCCGAUGUCAUCUCGGAUCCCACUUUGCCACGCACCGAAGAUCAUGAGUGCCCUAAGUGUGGUCAUCGUGAGUCGGUAUUUUUCCAGGCUCAAACUCGACGCGCUGAAGAGGAAAUGAGAUUGUACUAUGUUUGUACCAAUCAAAAUUGUACCCAUCGUUGGACUGAGUAAACGAUGUGAUGCUAUAAGGGGGGUGGGGACAUAUAUUUAAUGGUUUUUGUUGGUUUAUUAAUUUUUAGCUUUUGUCUUCAAAUUUUUAGGUUUUAAUAUCUUUUACAAAAAUUUAAUUUAAAUUCACUAAUAUAAGUUUCUGUACAUCUCAAAAUGAAUUAAAUAUUCAAUUCAAUUUUUUUACUUAUAAAAUUCAGACUUCAUACAAUUGUUGUAUUCACAACCUGUUUUGUAUCGUUUUAUUAACAUUCUGUCAGUCUACGAUACGACACAUUUUUACAUUCAACCAUUAAAUUGUUUCCUUUUCCCAAUUAAAGACUUUUUAAGUCUUUCAUAAACUCGGAUCGAUUUUUUUCUAAAGUUUAUAUAAACUCAUUUCUUUAUCUAUUUGUGUAACUCUAUUAUGUGUUUUUUCUAAAUUUAAAUAAAUCGAUUCUUGAGCGCAUAA